CGCUGCUUAUUAUACUGCCCUGGACUGGUACUGGUUGUAGUCUACCUGGCACAUGCAAGGAAGUUGACCACGAAAUUCUGCAUCAGCGAUUGAGCAGCCAUUUGCCUUUGCCAUUCAAUCGCCGCCCCUUUUUUUUUUCCCAACUCGUCCAUCUAGCCACUCGACUUGACCGAUCCUACCCCCUACCACUCUGCCCUCCUCCUUUCCUUUCUCCUUUUCCCCAGCUGAUACUCGUGGGAUUAGUCUGUCUUGCCUUGGGCCAGCCAUUCUGCCGGGAACAGACACUUUGUCCUCCCUUGUUCUCCUCGUUACGCACGCGCCACGCCACGCGGUGAUCCCUUCUUGUCUCUCGCUUGCCCUAUCUAUUCACCUAGGGCUUAUCGCGUUUAAUGGAGGCCGUGGCUUGUGCUCGCGCCCACGAAUUGCCUUGAGCCAUCACCCAGCGGUCGCAGUCGCUCGCUUGCUCCCCGUCGACAGCAGUUGCCGUCGACAGUCAGUCGGUCCACCAUCUCGACUCGAUCCCGCUCGACUCGAUCCCGCUCGACUCGACCCGGCUCGCUGACCCUCCAGCAGUCACAUCUCACCGUCACGUCACAGGGGACCAACGCCCACAUGCGGCGCACCUCUGUCUCUCUGCCCAAACACAAGCAAGGCCUCGCCCACGACCCACACGAAAAGCCGGCUCGCUACCAGCCGCGACAAGUCGGCACCCUGGAGAAACUCAAGAACGAUAUGAUGUCCCAGGCCCAGAAGACCCGCUGGCUCAAAACCGGCGCACUGGUCUUCUUCGUCCUGGUCUGCCUCUAUUACUUCGCUCCCUCAGGCGUCGAUGUCUAUCGCGGCUCUGCUGGGUCCGUAUCCUCGGGGGGCGGCGGCGGCGGCGGCCAGACUCCCACCGACUCGAGCUAUGGCACGCCGUACUGCGCAAAGUCCUUCUCCAAGGACAAGCCAAUCGUGCAAUACGUCAACAUGAUCGAUGCCGGCAGCACUGGCUCCCGUAUCCACGUCUACAAGUUCAACAACUGCGGCCCGACGCCCUAUCUCGAGGACGAGGUCUUCCAGAUGACCAAGAAGAUCGAUGGCAAGAGCAGCGGUCUCAGCGCAUAUCCUGACGACCCUCAGGCCGCCGCCCAGAGUCUGGACAUCCUCAUGCAAGAGGCCAUGGCAACCGUGCCGGACAAGCUCAAGGCCUGCUCCCCGGUUGCUGUCAAGGCCACCGCCGGUCUGCGACUCCUCGGGCCCGAAAAGUCGCAGAGCAUCCUGGACGCAGUGCGCACUCACCUCGAGACCAAGUACCCCUUCCCCGUUGUGGCAGCCGAUAAGCAAGGCGUCGCCAUCAUGGAUGGGAAGGACGAGGGCGUCUACGCCUGGAUCACGACCAACUACCUGCUCGGCAACAUUGGGGGCCCGGACGAGAGCUCCACCGCGGCCGUGUUCGACCUGGGCGGGGGCUCCACGCAGAUUGUCUUUGAGCCCGACUUCAACGGCGUGACGGACGGCGGCAAGCCGGCCAAGAUGGCCGAGGGCGACCACAAGUUUGACCUGGACUUUGGCGGACGUCACUUCACCUUGUACCAGCACUCGCAUCUGGGCUAUGGACUGAUGAGCGCCCGAGAGGCCAUCUACGCGGAGCUCAUCAACCAGGUUCACGAGGCCCACAGCGGCGGCGCGGACAACUCCUGGGCGUCAAAGCCCGUCGUGAACCCGUGCCUCGCGUCAGGGACCUCCAAGGUGGUCACCGUCAAGCUGGGCGAUGCGCACCCGCUCGGCGCCACGCGCGAGUUCAACUUCACCGGUCCCUCGUCCGGCGGCGCCCCCGCGCAGUGCCGCAGCCUGGCCGAGAAGAUCCUGAAGAAGGAAGCAGAGUGCAAGCUGGCCCCCUGCUCCUUCAACGGCGUGCACCAGCCCUCGCUGGCCAAGACGUUCAUGAAGCAGGACGUCUUCUUCCUCUCGUACUUUUACGACCGCACCCAGCCGCUCGGCAUGCCUGACAGCUUCACCCUGCGUGAGAUGCAGGAUCUCGCGGCGCGCGUUUGCGGCGGCGCGCGGGACGGCGGCUGGGACGUGUUCGCCAGCGUCGGCGGCGCCCUCGAUGAGCUCGCCGACCGUCCGGAGCACUGUCUCGACCUGAGCUUCAUGGUCGCGCUUGCGCACGCCGGGUAUGAGAUGCCCAUUGACCGCGAGGUGAGGAUCGCCAAGAAGAUCAAUGAUAAUGAGCUCGGUUGGUGUCUGGGCGCUAGUCUGCCACUGCUGUCUCAAAACUCGGGUUGGCAGUGCAAGGUCACUGAGAUCCACUAGGGCGGGAAAUUAGAAUUAUAAAGAACGACAAUGCAUACAUGUUAAUGACGAGUUUUACCAGUGUUCUUCUCUACUACGUUAGAGACAGUCAAACACCACGAACUCUGCGACAUGACGUAUCAAUAGGUGGCGGCCGGUGCUGUUGGUCCGCAACGCAGUGCAUCGGUCUCAUGGUAUGACCCCUCGGAUCUCAGGGUACAAGGCCAGAUUCGCGAGACGCACCGGAGGCAGGGAGGACGAGGAAUCUGUUGCGUGUCGACGCACACGGUGAUAUAUCGAAUAGACAGGGCUCAAAUACUCGCUCACGAACUGGAAGUGAGAUGAAAUGGAAUGCAACCUAAAGCAAAAUAAGGAUUUCCUCCUUCCUCUCUUAAUCUGACCGGCGCGAAGAGUGAUUCACACAUGCCCCGGGCUCGUUCACGCUAUAGCAAGAUGUGUGGGCUACUAGGAGGAACUGCUCAACGUCCAUCAACUUUCUCGCAUAAGCAGUGGCACAUGUGGGUAUCUCUGAACACAACGCAGGCACGCAUAAGCAAAACACAAACAGAGGCGGCUACUAGGUCGCCAAUAAGCCAGCCGAUCCAGCGCUCCAUGUACGUCUUGGAUCUCAAACAGGAGCCGUGACUACCGCCAGGACCUCCUCAACCACGUCCUCCGGGCCCCAUCCCUCGAGUAGUCUCCCAAUAGCGCCUAGUUCGCUGCCCCACUGCAUGCUCCGCUCCUUGGAAGCCUCGACCAUCUUGAUGCGGUGCAGAUAUACCUUGCGGGCGGCUACGCCCACGAGCGCCGGGGUGACAAACUCCAGCCCAUGCAGGGGCGCGAGCGUCCGGACCAGCUGGUCAAGGUGGCGUGUCGCCUGCGGGGUUAUGCCGCCGGCAACGGCGCGGUGCAUGCGCAGGAAGGAGACUAUGUUCAUUUGGUAGCGGAGCACGUCGAUAUCAAUGGCAGUGCGCAGAGAGAGCUGGCGGAGGUGGGAUAUGUCGGCGGCCGUGAAGGCAGGCGCCUUGCUGGUCGUGGGCGUGGUGGCAUUGGCUGGCAUGGCCAGGGGCUUCGGACUGCUGCGGUGCAGGAUGUCGUUGGUGCCCCUCCCACGGCUGCGUCGCUUCACCACGCUGGCGGUGCUAACAAUACUGGCCUUGUCGUCGGCCAGCCCGUCGUCGGUGUAGGAUAUGGAGUCAAGGUCGUCCCCGUCUAUGUGGGGGAAACCUUCUUCGUCUGGGUCGACCCAGUGCGCCACGGAGAAGAAAUCGUUCAGGUGUUGCGUAACCCUUGCCUCACCGCCGCUAUCUGCGCCGAGGACGGCCACCAGCAUGAAGGUCUUGGGCGCUGUCUGCACAGAUGUUCUUGUAAAGAUCCGCUUUGUGCGAAGAAGCUCGAGGGCUUGUGUCUGGACUGCCCUAGGGGCCUUGUCUAGGUUUUUGGCGAGGACAAUGUUGGCUAUCUGGCUAUGCGAGGGCCCUGGUGUUUGGGGCGUCAGGGGGGCGAUGGCUGACUGGACGAGACGCCCUGGCGAGUGAGCAAAGGAGACAUGGCCGGCGGGAAAGUAGCUGUCGUGAGGGUUUCGCGACAGAUAGGGCGAGAGCGAGCGGGUGGUGGUCGGGCUGGAGGCGUGUGGCUGCAGCAGCAAGGAGCUGGCAAAGUCGUCGAGGGUGGUGUUCGGGUUGCAUUCGACGACGGCAGACUUGAGCCCAAAGGUGCGGUCGGUGAUGAGCUGCAGCUCGGUGACAAGGUCAUCGAGGCUUCCAGUCGGUGUGCUGACGAUGCAGUGCUCGCUGUUGACGAGCGACAGGAGACAGGCCAGCUCGACAUCGCUCAAGGCAUGCACCUUUGCGAGGACAUGGUCGUCGGCCAUCUGCCUUCCUCGUCCUCAGUCGCACUGGCAGCCAACGGCCAUAAUGGACGGAUGUGCUGGCUGGAGGUGCUAGCUGCGUGGUGGACGCAUUGGUUGGUAUUGGCUUCGCCCACUAUGACGGUGAUGAGGGCAGCCUUGGUGAUUGGGUUUUUGGCCUGGGGAAGGUUAGAGGGCCCAGGGGUGAUGGGAUGAGAUCAGCCCUGGGCCCCUGCAGCAAUGACGAUCCGAUGCCACUGUGUAUGGCGGGCAGCGCUGCAGCAGGCUGAGCGGUCAGUCAUUACUCCGUACCUAGGUACCUACCUGGUAGUUGGUUUACACCGUUCCUGUCCAUGCACAGUUCAGAACAAGGACACGGCAGGCAGGCAGGCAGGCGCGUGCUCCCAGCUCCUACCUCCUGUCGUCUGGGUCCUGGCC